GCACUCAAAGUCUCAGUGUGUCUCAACAUCCUCUACAGAAAGAGGCGAAAGGGUUUAGAAUCCUGCAGUCAACGGCUACUAAUUUGAUGCUGAAAUAUUAUUACUCUUGGUAACACAGGAUGGAGGAAAUGCUUCUGCGAGUGUGUGUGGUAAUGGCCAGCCUGCUGUACAUAAAGGACCGCACUGUCUUUCAGGAGCAGGAGGAAAAGGUCCUCAUAGACAUGCAAGACAGGGAAUAUUUGCUGCGGAAGGAGGCAGCAAAGCUAGAGCAGGAAAUGCACCAGGUGACCACAGGGCUGCCACAUUCAAAUCAGGAAGUGUUGCAAAGUCAUGGCAGAUUGAUAAAUGCAGAGGGGGAGGAUUCAGGUGCUCAAAAAGUCCUGGCAAAUGACAAAAUAGAAAAUCCACACCACCACCAAAUGAAGGACAUUCAGGAUGAAGGAGUUCCUCUAACUCAUAACAACAUGCCUCCAGAGUUACAACAUGAAGUCAACAUGCGUGAAAAUUUCCCUUCAGAAGAAAGACCACAGCCAGAAAUAAUCUCCCAGAAUGAAAUUAAUAACAUUCUAGAGGAUGACAUGUCAGGGCACAAGAAAGACAUUCAAGACAGUGGUCAGAAAAUGGAAACAGUGAACAAAGAACAAAUAAAAGACAUUCAAGGAAAAUCACCUUUAAAUGGAGUAAAGGAUAAUGAUCAGAAAUCUUCCCAGGUAGAUCAGGUGCAAGGAAUGCGCAAUCAAAUGCCAUCUGAAGGUGAUGAACGUAUGCUGGUUAAUACAAAUACAGAGGAAUUAAUCACUGCCUCAGAUGAACAGUCAACAGAGAUCUCCUACAACUGGUAUUUAUGGAAAUUUCUUUCCCUUAUAUCUUUGAUUCGCCUUCUCAGGAAAUUCGUCAACAAAGGCUCACAAAGCUCAGGAACAAUAAUUCCCAUCAAAAACAAGACUACAUCUAGACCUACAGGCAUAUUGUCAAAAACAUUUAUCCCUGACCACCAAGUACUGAGCAGCUUUUAUGACCAGUGUGUACGAGUCUCUCCUAGCACACGUGGACAAGUAUGCGAGUUUGUUGAGGGUUUGGUUGAUGACCUUUUGGAAGCUGCAAGAGAUGCUAGCAAUAAAAAAACUGACAUGCAGAUUGGGGACUUUAUUGGUGUAGGAAGCUUAUAUGAGCUUUGGGCUACAGGCAAGACACUGGUGUGUGAUUUGUAUGUACCCAUAACUGCACCAAGAUCACACGGAUUUGAUGUUGAACUUUGGAAAGAGAAAGAUGCUUCAUUGCGGAGUUUCGGCAAAAUCAAAAUGGUGAAGGUUGAAAAUACUUCAAACGGUUGCCCUUGCAUGGAUGGGAACCCUGAUGACGAGGACAUGUUAUGUCUUCUUCAUCCCCAUAAUGAGAGGAGUACGGUUAUGAUAAAUGCUGUUGGUGGUCCACUAUGCCAAGAAAAUACACCAUACCUUUCUAAAAAGCAAGUAGUGAGAUGGUUCAGGUCAGUGAUUUUAAAAACAUGGCGAGAAAUCAGUCACAAGUACGAAUUUGAGCUAGGAUUUUGCAGCCAGGUGGCUCCUGGGGCUUUGAGAGUUCGAUUCAGAUCAGGAAAGAUUGUUCUGUUCAAUAUUACACCUGUGGUUCAGGUCAAAAAUUCAGAAGUGUACUUACUCUCUUAUCUUUCAACUAGUCCAAACAUCUCAGACAUUCAUUGGCCCAUUUCCUUUGCUAGUUAUGAAAAUGCCCUCCUUAAAUACUUUAACAAAACUCUUCCUAACACUUCAUGCCAUAUUUCAUGUCUCCAAAUCCUCUCAUUUUUACACAAACAGCAAACUAGUAUAACAGGGAAAUGUGGGCUUACAAGUAAUCACCUCAAGUCCACAUUGCUGCAUCUGUUGAUGAACAAGCCCACAGAAUGGGAACACGAGAAGCUAACUAGCAGGCUGACCGACAUGCUCACAUUUCUUGAGCAGAAGCUUCUAGCUAAAGACUUUCACCACGUUUUGGUUGGAAAUGCUCUUGUUCCUAUAGACAUUGGGCUUCCUAAAGAAUUUCAAACAGCAAAGCCAAUUAACAUUUUCCUGCCAAUGGCUUUGGAUGAAGAGUCUUACUUGAAAACAGUCCAACACUUUCAGGAAUUAGUGAAAAAUGCUCCUGUACUUGUCCAGGAGUACAGCUCAAUAAAAAGAUCAGGUAAGAGUGAAAUAAGCAGAAUAUAAUUGUUAUGCAGAAGCAGUACCACUUCUGGAAGUGGUUGUACAUAAUCCAUAAGAAAUAUUUAAGCACCAUUAAGUAACAAGAAUCCAUGUGCAUGUCUGUAGGCUUGUUAAAUGUCUGACAAAUUAAGUAUUCUGUUCACCACAGCACCGCAUUAAAAUAUUAAGACAGCAAGUCCACACCAUUUCAGUUCAUUUGAGUCCAGAUUUAUUAUGGAACACAGUAAAAUUCUAGCAAUUCUGCAUUAUUGAGCAAUGUCAUCGAAGGUAUCCCAAAACAUCUCAAAUCCUCCACGAGCCAUGAUGUCUUCUGGUACUUCUAAAGACUUUGUUGCAGGCUGGUCAGUCUUCUGCUUUUCAACCAGCCAGGCGUUGCUUGAGAUCUUCAUAGUCACUAGAUCAAGAUGUUAACACAAAAACUCAAUUUCCUACUGAUCACUUGGCAAAACUACACUUCCUUUGCAAUGAAGUAGGGGAAAAAAACCAAGGACAUUGGCUGACCUGAGGGUUCUGGAACAGGACAGGAAGAAUCACAGCAAGCACAAACUGCAUUCUCUCCAUACAGCUCUGACCACCUAAAGCACAGUAGUGAAUAAGCACAUUUUAUUUCUGCACAAUAAGAGUACAGUUUCAGUAGUGCAACAACAUGAAUCUUACCCUUGUGUACCCGCAUUGUACGAACAAGAUUUUAUGCUUGCAGUUGGUGCCUCAUUUCCUACGGUCAAGUCACAAUGGAUGAACAUUUCCUGAGAAAGUGAACACAUUGGCAAAUUAGCAUAAAAUCUGUUUACAUGUACAUGCUUUGGGCUCAAAGCAAUUUCUCUAUUCUUUAGAUAUUGGUAGAGUUGCUAUUAUGUGCAUAGUAUUUACAUUCUUGUCUGCAGGCUGGGAGGCCAUGUUCUUAAACAUAAGGGCUCCAAUAGAGAACCUUAAUGUGGUCUUCUGGUCACUAGGGUAGAACUUGCUUUGUUGACUGAUCUUACUGUCCACCAUGCAUCUGCACAAAAGCAUUUUAAAAAACGAUGCAUUAUACAAGGGACUGCAAAUUAAAGCAAAGCCCAGAGUCAGCAAAAGCCAUACCCAUAGCUGUCAAUCACAGUGUAUUUAGGUGUAGCAUCAGGGUUUGGAAAGGCAGAGACAUAGCACUUAUUCAAGUAGAUCCUCUUCCCAGUAAGACUAUCAGGAGCCUUCGCUUCAAAGUACAUGGGUUGGCCAACUGUAUAGCUCUGAACAGUGCUGUAAGGUUUCCAGGUGUCUGUAGAAAGAGAUUCAUUUAAUUUUAGCAGCAAAGUGCAGGGUAGAUCAAAAUGGUCAGUUUUGAAAGUCAAGACAAUGCACUCAACCAUAAGAUACAAAACAUCCAGCCCAGUUUGGAGCUUCAUAAAAUGAAGCAUCUUAGUGUUCAGAUGCACUUAAAUAAAACAAAAA